CCUAUGACCGGAAGUAUACAAAACAAGGAAGCGCUUUGUUUUUAUUUUAUAGCCAGCUGUCAGAUGCACCUUUAGGCUGCAGAAGUCGUUUUAAAUCUGCUAUUCAAACAGCCAGGGGUCGACGCAAACAUCCACCGUGGGAGCUUAGCUUUUUCGUCUUGAUUUUCACCAUGGUGGAGCCCACAGCAUCCGGCGUGUUCUGUAACAGGAUGCUGAGCAUGGUCAACUCUGAAGAUGUGAACGCCAUCAUCCAGGCUCAGAGACACAUGCUUGAUCGCUUUGAGAAAACCAAUGAAAUGUUGAUCAACUUUAACGGGCUGUCUAACGUGCGGCUGCAGCAGAUGAACGAACGCUUCCUACUCCACACUCGCACCCUCGUGGAGAUGAAGAAAGAUCUAGACAGCGUCUUCAGGAGGAUCAGGACACUAAAAGGGAAGAUUGCUAAGCAGUACCCAGAAGCUUUCAGCAAUAUUCAUGAGCCACCCAUCCUGGAGGACGACGAUGAUGAGUUUGACCCAGUUCUCCCUGGUGCUCCCACAACAAUUACAACAGCCACCUCGGAGCAGAGCACAGAGUCCUGUGACACAAGUCCAGAUGUGAUCUCACCCACUGUGAGCAGAUGCUCUGAAGAUCUGUCUCAAGAGCUGCCUGACACGCCCACCUCCGAUUUCCUAGAGACAGCCGUCCUACAGGACGAGGGUCCGGACUCUGUACCUGCAGAAUAGUUUUUUAUAUAUAGAGAUUAAUUAAUUCAUUUUUUAGUCAUAAUCUGUCUGUUGGGAAGAGUGUCACCACCUAAAUAGAUGUUAGAUGUGGCUAUGAACUGUCUGAGGAUGCUGAAUUUUUGUUGGCACGCUUUUUUGUCCUAUGCCUGCACAGCACUAAAAUAAUGCAGAUAAUACUUGAAGUUGUAAAGUAACUCACUUUGGAUGUAUAUCUAUAGUACUGACAGUAAUCCUUAGCUAAAUCCCUUACUCAUUAUGUAAUUAUCAUACCUGCAUACUAGCAAACAGCGACUAGUUUGCAGGUUUGAAUUAUAAAUAUAUUUCAUUUUGUUGUUGUUUGAAGCGAUGCGCGUAGGGAUGCACCAAUCCAAUACUGAUAUCGGGCCGAUACUGACUCAAAUAGUUCGAUGAGGUAUCGGUGACAGUGAGAGCCGAUCUAUUCAAUUAAAUUCUAUAUUUAUAUACUAUAUACAUUAUAUACUGAAAUUGUACUUCCUGUUUAAGUUUAGACCAAUUUGUUGCUGAUUUGUUGUAAAAGGUUUACACUUGAAUUGUAAUUAGCCCAGGUCUUGGUAUCAGGACUGAAAAAGUUGGAUCAGUGCAUCCCUAAUGCGCACCUGACUGAAGGAAGAAAUCUCUCAUGAUUUAGGUUACUUAAAAGACAAAAGUUAAUGAUGUUCUCAACCUGAAAAAUACUUAGAGUUACUACUGUUGUCAUACUAUUACAAUAGUAUUGUUUUGCAGAAUUGCUAUUCUAUGGGCCCCUGUUAAAACCAGGAAAUAUGUUUGUUACUGCAUUCGUGAAUGUUUUCAGCAGCAUUUAAGCCAAUGCUUUACCGAUCCUUGCCAAGAAAUUCUCUCUUUGAUUGCCGCCUGCAUUGCAGAGAAGUCAGGGACAGGUUUAGUUGUUAGUGAUUCAGCAAACUUUUAGAGGACACAUGAGUAGGGCACAGGCUCUUUGAUACGAGAGCUGGAAACCAGGUUGAGUGAGUAGGAUCCAACCACUCCUUGCUCUCUGCAGUUUUCGUGUAAAAGGGAAGUCCAGAUUAAAAUGUACUUUAUUUGUUAUUUAUGUCAUAUUUUUACAUCUGUUUUUGUUUGCUGGUUUGAAACAUCUCCUAUAGUGAUCAAAUGUUGAAGCUGCUCCAUAAUUAUAAUAAUUGUAUAGACUCUACUGUCUCUACUGAAUAAUAUACAUUCAUUUAUACAGUCACCUUCAAGUUAAAGUUAAUGUCAUACUUA